CCGGGGACUGCGUGAUAAGGUCUCGGGCUGUAGACGCGGGAGCCCAAGGAACGCAAUUAUGGACAACAGAAGCUCCGUGCUCCACCUCGCCACAUUUGAAGCCCCGUACCCUGUGCUGGUGCUCAUAUUCAGCCUGUGCCUUGCGAUGUACCUAACUAUGACCGCAGCCAAUCUGCUGGUGCUUUUGAUGGUGGCAGUGUCCACAGACUUACACAAGCCCAUGCACAUAUUUCUGUGCAAUCUUGCGAUUGGCGACAUUGUUGUCAGCACAAGUGGCUUGCCCAAGCAGCUGCGGGUCCUCCUGACGGGCAACAAAGAGAUUCUGUACGUGUCAUGUGUCGCACAGAUGUUCACAAUUCACGCAUCCGCCUUAAAUGAGGUUUUUACAUUGGCCAUUAUGUCUGUUGAUCGCUACCUGGCAAUCUGCUACCCAUUGCAUUACCACACCAAGGUUACUGCAAAGAGAUCCAUUUUCACGGCAUUACUGUCCUGGUUGAUUGCAAUCGUUUCAGUCAGCAUUCAAGUCACCCUUCUCAUUUCACUUCAAUUAAGCGAAAAGAACAGGCAAAUCCAGGGCAUAGUUUGUGAUAAUAUGGGAAUAUUUAAGUUAGCCGUUGGUGAUACGAGCAAAAUAGAUGCGUACUCAACGUCAAAGAUCAUCGUAUUCAUUGCCUCUCCUUUCUGUGUCAUUGCGUACACCUACGUUCGGAUUCUUGUCGAGUGCAAAAACUCGAGCUCCUCCGAGUUCAGGAGCAAAGCUCGGCAUACAUUCGGCACGCAUUUCAUGGCGCUCGCCGUCUUUUUCACGGCGUUGUUCUUGGACAUCCUUUUGCCGCGCUUUAUGAAGGAUGUGGACAGCGAGGGCGCGAGAAACUUGAGAUCAGUCGUUCAGUUGGUGUUCUUGCUCAGCCCGGUUGCGAACAUACUCAUUUACUGCUUCCGUACGACUGAGCUGAGACUCACAAUUAGUAAGCACUUCAAGAAGACCUUGCGUAAGGUGCAUUCAUGUCCAAAAAUCAAAGUUCACGGUUUAGGUUGUGGUUUGAAUGAUGCUUAA